AUGAGGCCUCCUACCGUGCAGCAUCACUUCUAUCUCGUCGGGGACGAGAUCUCCAGGAUACAAGCAAUCGAUAUCGACUCCCGUUGGAAGUUCGAGGACUUGCAACGCGCGGUCGGACUUGCCUUUCACGUUGUCCAGCCUUUAGGCAUAUCUUUCCAUACCUCUGACUCUGAAACCCUCUCCUCCGUUGAGGAUGUCGUGUCGGCCACAAGCUCAGCCACGACACCCAUUGGCCUCCGCGUUGACGGUAAUGCGGUCCAGUCACCUCAAGGCCCUCCAGGGCUUCCUCUGGUUGGCAGCUUCUACGAAAUCUUCCCUGACCACCUGGGAAACCACUAUCGACUCUUCCGGAAGUACGGCCCAGUCAUUAAAACCACCAACAUGGGCAAGACGACCUAUCUCACGGAUAGCCCUCAAGUUGCGGCAGUCUGCUUCGCCGAGUCCAUCUAUAUGACCAAGAAGAUCAACGAGAAUCACCCACUCUGGGGUGUCAAAGACAACUCUGCCAUUUUCAUCGGCGACACGGAAACAGAGAACUGGCGUCUUGCCCACAAGUAUCUUCCACCAUCAAUGGGACCCAAGGCUGUCAGGCACUACACGCCCCUUAUGCAAAAAUGUGUGCGCAAGUCUUUGCCUAUCUUUGAUGAGCUGGAUUCACGCGACGAGUCCUGGAACGUCUACCAGUUCAUGGUCAAGCUCGCCUCCGAGACUAUCGGGUCAUUCUCUCUCGGCAAAGAGUUUGGUCACUUCAAGUCUGUCGACACCCAGUUGCAUCCUAUUGUCACAAAUAUUGCCACUUUGUUGUCCUUGAACAAGAAAAUAACCGCGAGAGGCGAAUGGUAUCGCCAUCUGCCAUUUGGAGACCCGGCCCGACUCCGCCACGUCCAGCAUACCAUCUACUCGCUGCUCCAGGAGGCCAUUGACGAAGUCGCGGCUCGUUCAAACAGCAAAGAUGCUCCCAUGAAUAAAGCUGCACUCAGUGCAUCUUGUGUCGUGGAUUAUCUCCUCCACGCUGUCGACGACAAGGGAGAACACUUUCCUCAAGGCUUGGCGCUGGCCAACAUGCUCAUCGUCACGGGCGCCGGUUUCACCACCACGUCCGCGCUGCUCUCCUGGCUGAUAUACUGCCUAGUCACGUACGAGGGCACGCAAGACCGUUUAUACCAAGAGCUCGCCGAGUAUGGGGUAGUCGGUGCCAACGGCGGCGAGUGCAACAAAAUAGAUUGGACCCCAGAUCUCGCACACAGUCUGCCGUAUCUUGAUAAGUUUGUGAAGGAGACGCAGCGACUGCACAAUGCCUCCUUCCAGCCUGGCAGGACCAGCAAGAUGGAUGUCAUCCUUCCUGGAGGGUACCGUCUUCCGCCAGGCAGCGUUAUUGUCCCUGCGCUGUAUGCGAUACAUACAAACCCAAAGGUAUGGCGAGAUCCAUUCCGAUUUGAUCCUGAUCGAUGGGAUACGGAAGUAAAGAGUUUGCCUCGCUGUGCGUAUGUUCCAUUCGCAGCAGGCCCGCGCGGUUGUAUCGGGUUCAACUUUGCACUUUUGGAAGUAAAGAUCCUCCUCUCCGAGCUGGUGAGCCGGUAUGAGUUUGUGCGGGAAGGAUUGGAUGCCAUUGAUUAUGAUCCUGAGUUCCAGUUGAUCCGUCCGCUGAACUUUUACGUCAGGGCAAAACGCCGUGUUUGA